ACCAUGGGGCCAAAGGAGGGCUGGCAGGUGUACAGCUCAGCCCAGGAUGCCGAUGGGCGCUGUAUCUGCACGGUUGUGGCGCCAGAACAAAAUUUGUGCUCUAGAGAUGCUAAAAGCAGGCAACUCCGCCAUCUCCUCGAGAAGGUGCAGAACAUGACUCAGUCCAUUGAGGUGCUGAAUCUGCGAACUCAGAGGGAUUUUCAGUAUGUGACAAAAAUGGAGAAUCAGAUGAAGGGCCUCAGGACAAAAUUUAGACAGAUUGAGGAUGACAGGAAAUCGAUCAUGACGAGAAACUUCCAGGAGCUUCAAGACAAGAUGGACCAGCUGACGCCAAUGAUUCCUGUAUUGGAGCAGUAUAAAAUGGAUGCGGCACUGAUCUCCCAAUUCAAAGAGGAGAUCAGGAAUCUAUCAUCAGUGUUAACAAGCAUCCAGGAGGAACUAGGAGUCUAUGACUAUGAUGAGCUUUAUCAGCGACUCUUGCGACUGGAUAACAGACUCCGCAGUUGUAUGGGCAAACUAACAUGCGGGAAGUUAAUGAAAAUCAACGGCCCUGUUACAAUAAAAACCUCUGGAACCCGCUUUGGGGCAUGGAUGACCGAUUCCCUUGUAUCUACAAGGCACAACAGAGUUUGGUACAUGGACGGUUAUACCAACAGUAAGAUCGUUCGAGAGUUCAAGACAAUGGAGGACUUUGCAGCAGGAGUGGUCGCUCGCACUUACAGCCUUCCGUUCAAAUGGGAGGGAACCAAUCAUAUUGUCUACAAUGGUUCACUUUAUUACAACAAGUACCAGAGUAACAUUAUUGUCAAGUACAGCUUUGAGACAGGCACCGUGCUGGCCCAGCGAGCUUUGGAGUUUGCCGGUUUCCAUAACAUGUACCCAUACGCAUGGGGAGGAUACUCGGACAUCGACGUCAUGGCAGAUGAACUGGGAAUGUGGGUUGCGUAUGCCACCAACCAAAAUGCUGGAAAUGUUGUCAUUUCCCAGAUCGAUCCAGACACCCUGCAGGUCCUCAAUACUUGGAACACGGAAUACUCGAAGAGGAAUGCAGGGGAGUCAUUCAUGAUCUGUGGGACGCUCUAUAUCACCAACUCUCACCUGUCUGGAGCAAAGGUUUACUACGCAUACUCCACAAAGACUUCAACGUAUGAGUACAUAGACAUUCCGUUUCUCAAUCAGUACUUCCAUAUUUCCAUGCUUGACUACAAUGCCAGAGAGAGAGUUUUGUAUGCAUGGAAUAAUGGACAUCAGGUCAUAUUCAACAUCACCCUAUUUCAUGUGAUAGAAACAGAUGAUGGGUCUUAA